AUGAAGAGAUCCACUGCCAGCGCACCCAGCUUGUCGCCAAAGCAUGAAAGCGACGUGAAAAAAGUGAAAUUGGAAGACGUCAAGCCGGCUACCACUUCCAACCCACCAAAUGCCCCCACUGGACGUGAAAUCAUCGAAAAUUAUCUGAAAGGAGACGUCACUUCGGCUGUCCUCUACCGAAAAAUCUGUAAUGCACUGGAAACAUUCGAUCAAUGGGAGUCGGAAGCGCCAAAACUACAAUUAUUGGAACAAUUUCUCGGUAUCGCUGAUGCAAUGGAAGCGAGAACUGAUGUACUCGUCAAGAGACUUCUCAAUCUUCGUUGGGACAAAAUCCCGUCGUCUGUCAUCGAAAAAUUCCGUACAUUCCUUUGCGAACUUGCCAUUCGACAUCUCUGUUUCACUGAAGACGUGUAUAACUCUGUGAUUGAACGUCUCGUUCCCCAGGUUUCUGUCAACGACGAGACUCGAAUCGUCACGUUCGUUUUGACAGAAGAGAAACAGAAUGAGCACUUCGAAAUGGCUCAUUAUAUCAUUUCAAGUGUUCUCAGAUGUUUCCCGUUAUCCGCCAAAACUUUGUUGAAAUGUGCGAAGAAAGCGAUGCCACAUGUCACUCGUCCAGCGGUUACUGUUUCUGGUUACAUGAGAAAUUUGAUUUUGAUGCAAAAGUAUAUUCCGUCGAGUAUUUCAAAGGAUUUAUGGGAGACAAUGUUCGAUAGAUUGGCUAGAGAUGAUGCUCACAACUGGAGAUGCGAACAAAACGAAGAAGAUAACAAAAGCCCACGCCUGUUCGCUCUCAACGAUGACAUCCUUAUCGAAGAGAUCGUUGAAAGUACCAACAAUUCAGAAGACGUCACUCCACAACUUUUGGAGCAGCGUAAAGGAGAACAAAUGCUUCAGUAUCUUGAUGCAGUCUGCACUGACGUCAUCGCUUUCAUCAGAGAUUCAGAAGGCAUCGAUAGACAAGAAUCAGAGGAGAAAGGAGAGAAGAUCGAUGAGAAAUGGUUGACUUCAUUCAAAUUUAGCGGAGACAAAGUGUUGGCGGCCGAGAAACUAUUCGAUACAUUUUUGGAAGUUUUGGAAUCGACAAUGCUCAAUGCCACUCAUGUCCAAUAUAUUUCAUUCGUUUGGCUCUAUUUCGGAUCAUUGAAAGCAGAAUAUGAACAGAAAGUUCUCGAACACUUGUGGCAAGUCACUAUUCGAAUGCCGAGGGCGCCGGCUGAUGCGAGAAAAAGUCAGGGUGCCGCGUCGUAUUUGGCAGCGUUUUUGGCACGAGCUAAAUAUGUUAAGAAGAACACCGCAUUCACCUGGCUCGAAGAAAUCUACACUUGGCUCCGUCACUACGUCGACCAAUUCGGAUCGGGAAGCUCUCAAAUCCUUCCGGGACUUCAACGACACGGAACAUUCUACGCGGUCUCUCAAGCGUUUUUCCUCGUUUUUGCAUUUAGAUACAAGGAAUUUGUUAAGGAUCAAGAAAUGCUCGAAACAAUACGUCGUUGGGGUGUCGGUCGUGUUGUCCACUCUCCAUUAGAACCACUCAGAUUCGUGUCGAAACCCGUCGCCAGAUGCUUCUCUGCUAUCACAAGAUCACUUCAAUUGGUUUACUGUAACCACGUGAUUCCAAUAGAAGAAGUGCAGAGACCAUUCGAUGACAUGUUCCCGUUCGAUGGGUUCCAUUUGAAAGUAAGCAGCCAAUUCAUGACUCCACUGAUGCGAAAGUUCUCUCCACUCGCUGAAGACUUGUCGACUCUCACCAAAGCAUUGUGCUGGAAUGCAGUCGCCGGUGCCACUGCUGAAAAGUCGGAGAAGUCGGCGGAAACUGUGUCAAGCUCGGAGGGUCUCGAUUUUUUGGAUGAGGACGAUAUUGUGAUGAGUACAGGUUUCCGUGAGCGCACCUUCUCGUGUGGCCAAAGUUCCCUGAUCAACUACUCGGCGACUCCUGGAUUGAAAACUUUCAAUGUCUAA